AUGCUUGUGAAACACCAGUUACACCUGAAGAAGCAGAGAGACAGAGUGGCAUACCGGAUGGACAAACUGACAGCAAAACAGGCUGAUAUCAGCCGGAAAGCAGGGGUGCUGAAGGAGCGCAUGAAGAGGAAGUAUGACGAGAUGCAGAGGGUGUUAGAGGAGGACCUGCAGAUGUCUCUGACCCAGCUGGACAUGGAGACCGAGGCGGCGGUGACUUUGGUGGAGGAGCACUUUCAGAGCUGCUACCUGCUCUCCCAGGACCUGGCCCAGCAGCUGUCUGAACUGAGCCUGCGCCUGGAAAGGAACAAGCCAGAGCCCUAUGACCAGAAUGCUGAAACAGAGGGGAGGAUAGCAGAGGUUUUGAAGGUCAGCGAUCCUGACCAAAUCCAGCUGGAUGAAUUUAAGGCUGAUCAGCUCCUUGGUUCAGCUAACAACUUGCUGCUGUUCAUCCGCUCCCAGAUCCCUGUCACAAAGAAGCUUUUCAAGAGCUAUGCUUCAGAGGUAGCCUUCGAUCCGGACACUGCACACCCAAAGCUGGUCAUCUCACCGAGUGGUGACUGUGCCUCCUACACCGACACCUGGCAGGAGCUACCGGAGAGCCCCGCCCGCUUUGACACCACCCUCAAUGCCAUCAGCCGGGAGGGCUUCACUCUGGGCCGCCACUACUGGGAGGUGGAUGUAGGGGGGAAGAUGUACUGGGAGGUGGGCCUGACCUAUCCCAGCAUUCCCCGCAAAGGGCAGGGGGAAGACUGUUGGCUGGGGAGGGGAGCGGACUCCUGGUGCUUGGAGUUCUUUGAUGGAGUCUACACUGCCUGGCAUGGGGGUGUGGCCCAUACGCUGGACAUGACCCAGCGGUUCAAGAGGGUUGGGAUCUUCUGCAGCUUCCCUGGGGGCACGGUCUCCUUCUUGGGUAUGGACGGCAUGACCCCACUCUUUACCUUCUGUGCUGGGACCUUCAGUGAUGCCCUGUACCAGGCUGUAUGCCUUGGCGAUGACCACCAUGGCACCAACAUCACUCCUAUACGGCUCUGUGACGCCCCACGGUCAGGCUCCACCCACUGA